ACGGACAAAAAGUGAGAGAGGAAUCAGCUGAAAAAAUUGGGAGAUCGACGAACGGAGGAAGGAGAAGAUGAUCGGUGAGGUUGCCGCUAAUUCACCACCUAGUGCCGCUGACGGGACGCCGGAGAAUCAACAGCAAGAAAAGCCAUGGCAUUCUUAUAUUUCUGAAGAUCUGCCUCGUACGGUACAGGAAUCCGCCGAUUCCGCCGUUCGCUCCGCCCGCUCGCUGCAGCAGAAUUCGUCCACUCAUAUCCGAACUCUCCAGGAUCAAGUACUUCAAUACACAGCACAGUAUAGGAGUUAUGAAGAUUUAGUCUUCAAUAAGAUCAAAGAUCAAAUAACAAUUGCAAGAGAACACCCAACUAUGUCUGCUGGAAUUGCAAUCACAGCUGGUCUCCUCCUCAUGAGAGGCCCUAGAAGGUUCUUAUUCCGCCGUACUUUGGGUCGAUUUCAGACCGAGGAGGCACAGCUAACAAAAGCUGCAAACAACGUAAACCAUUUGACCAUUUCGGUUCAGUUAAUGAAGAAAGAGAGUGAAAAGCUACUUGAAAGGGCUGCUCUUGCUGAGAAAGAUAUGACUUAUGGCUAUACUGAACUAAGGAAUGCUGGAGGUGAGAUCAAAAGUCUUGCUAAAUCGGCUCACAAGGUCGAAGUUCAAGCCAACGAUGUUAUGGAAGUUCUACGAGAAAUUCCCGGUAGAGAAGCUUUGCGACUGCGAGCAGAGGUUGCUAAUAUGGCAUCAUCUCUGAAAGACAAGAGGCUUGCUAUGAACAAAAGGAUAAUGAGGAUUUCCGAGUUGGGUGUUCGUGUAUAAUUUCCGAGCUGCUAAAUUCUUGGCUCAACAUUUCGACAAACCAAGUGGAUCGAGAGUGCUACUUCUUUGCUCAGGGCCUGCUUCCGAUCACUCUUUCUUCACAGUCGUAAUGGCCAAAUCCGAAAUAAUAUACAACUUGAGUACCAUUAUUUUAUCAUAAGAUUUAGCGAUUGUUGCCCUGAUGAACUCUUAGCUUUGGACUCUUUUCGCUUUUAUCAUUGCAAUUUUGCAAUUGCAAGAACAAAACCAUCGAGCGUAUCCAUCCGUGGAAGCAAUUUUCUCGUGUUUUUCAGCUCGACUCUGAAAACGAUCAAAUUUUGUGGCUUUUGUAUUUUGAGAAAGAGGUAAGCUUUAUGUACAUUCAUCACUAAA